ACUUUUAAUAGACUUCAGCCAGAGAUCGUUCUCAGGAUUCUUUCAUACGUGGAUGCUGGCUCUCUCCUCUGCAUUAGUUUGGUCAACAGACACUUCAAUGAACUGACCAACAGCAAUACCUGUAGUGCCAUGUGGUAUCGGUUCUAUGUUCAUGAACGUAACAAGAAAAAGAUUGCCAACCCGAAAAACAGGAAGAUAGUUACUCCUAGCACAGUCAGCCCCCAGGAAAGGCCCAAAGGAUACUGGAGAAACAUGUUCUUCAGAGAAAUGUCCGGUCUCAGUGGGAACAAGUGGAAAAAGAAGCUGCACCGCAUUGAUCCUUAUUCAGGGAUGCCGUGUUAUACAGAGGAAGUGCUGAGGAGUCUUUGCGUUUCAUGGGAGAUCACAGUGACUGAUGGGAGAGGACGGCGGAGCACCUUUAAGCAGUCUCAUGCUGCCUUCAGCAGUACGGCUGUUUUUCUGUACUGGGGUGCUUCGAAUUGGCCUUCUUUCAACCAGCUCACCUCACUUGAGCUUCACGGAGUGCUGCGGGUACCCCUUGACUGUCCAGCUGCUUACAGGCCUGGCUGGAAAUCAUUUAUGUAUAAAAUCCUGCUUCAAGGGGAAAACAAGGAGUUGUGUGUCACGGACAAGCUUGUGAAGUUGUUGUACAUUGGACAGGGGGUGACUUUGGGAUUUUGGCAGGGCGGGUGGGAAAUUGCCUUUGUCAUCGUGAAUUUGCACACUCACAGACUUGUGGAAAGAAGUCUACAUGCAUCUGUUUGUCCACAUACAGCAGCUGAAGUCAGUGCUUUGUUUGAUGAUGUGGACCCAGAGUUCGGUCUCCAUGGAUACAGUGCUUACAUGGAACUGCACAAUACAGAGAAAAUGAUUAUGUCUGCACGACUUUCCCAGCUGUUCUGCAAGAGAGAUGAGAUUUCUGAUGGCUACCUUCCACUGCAAGUGAUCGGACGGCGUAACAAAUGCCUAAAUUCUCAACUGGUUAGUGACAUCAAGUUGCCUUGGAGGACAGAAGUCCUACAUGGAAAUAUCAAGGAUUGUUGCAUGAUGAACCUCACUUUAUGGGAUGAAGCCGAGCAGCCUUUUUGGUGUGUCACUGCCCCUGUUGUCAUAGCAAACGCAGAUGAAGACGAGGUAUCAUAUGACGUUGAUGGUGAAAGUGUCUCAAUCCUCUACCAUAACGAAGAGGGGAGGGUGGAAAUAUGGCUAAAACGUAUUGAGGAAAGGGAUGAGUAUUCUGUGGAUAGUCUUGUGAUUUACAUUUCUGUAUUCAAAGUGAAUGAGCACUUUGGGAGAAGUUAUUGAAGCCUUGACAUAAACUGGCAUGUGUGUUUAAGUCUGUUUAUGUUACAAUGUGACCUAUAUGUCUUAAGACAUGCCAGGAUUGUUAAAACAUUGCCAGUACAGUAACUCAGGAAUAAUCCUGGAUUAAAAUUUUCACGUUAAUAUUUUCAUUGGCUUUUGUUUACCAAGCUUUUUUUGUAGUAUCAUCAAAUCCACCCUUACACAUUACUAGGAUUCCAUCUUAAAAGUUAAUUCAGGCUUUAAGGCAAAGCUAAAUAUGUAACAACUGUAAUGAUGUGUUUGUGCAUUAUAAAACUAUACUACAUUUGGAGACUACAUGUCACUUUGUCAUAAAUAAUGCAGUUGUUCAGU